AAAUCUGACUUUUUUUUAAUUUUUUUGCUCCUUUCCCGAUAAAUUUUUAAAAUAACAAUGUCGAAUCAACAACAACAACAAAAGCAAAAGGAACAGCCCAAGGCUAAUAAGCGUGCCCGUGGCAAUAACUGGACCUUCGAAGAAGACACCCAGUUGUGUAAAUCUUGGGUUGAAGUCUCAACCAACCCCAUUAAGGGCAACGACCAAAAGAGUCCUGACUUUUGGAAGGCU